GUAAAUCACUGAAGAUUGGUUAUAAUUCGCUAAUUUACUUCUCAAUUUGGGGAUUUUUUUUGCUAAAUCGUUGAAUUUCAUAUGCUAAUAUAAAUUACGAUUUGGGGAUUUUUGGUAAAUCGCUAAUUUACUUCUCAAUUUGGGGAUUUUUUUUGCUAAAUCGUUGAAUUUCAUAUGCUAAUGUAAAUUACGAUUUGGGGAUUUUUGAAGAUGGUUUCGAGUCUUUUGACUGUAAAUUACGAUAAUUUUAAUUUGUCUUCAUAAUUUAUAAGUCCCAAAUGAAUUUUUUUAAAUAUGGUUAGCCGAUUAAAAACCGAGGAUUGGUUUUGAUUAGCCGAUUUGGGGAUUUUUCCUCUAGAAAUUGAAGUUGUGCUUGACUACUUGUGACCGUAUAUUUGAGUAUUUGAGCCGUAUAAUAGUAUAAUUUCUGUUUAAUUUAUGUUGAUUAUUAUUUCUGAUUUUCUAUUUAAUUGAUAUUGAUUAUUGAAUUUAUCAUUCAUUUAUUGAUUUCAUUCUGCGUUUAUCAUGUGUGUGUAGCAGACUAGCUGUAUAUACCAUGAGUUUAGAGUCAUUUUGGAAACGUGCCGGGAAGUCACAAAGAUGUCACUCCAAGAAAAUUUAGCAAGGUUUCGGAAACAGCAAGAGAAGUGUCAGUCAACUCUUUCGAGUAUUGCUUCUGAAAAACAAGCUUCAACCAAGUCCUCCAAUCCACCAAAGCAUAACUCUAAUGUACAUAAAUCAAAUUUGCCAACUGCAUCACCAUCUAUAAAUGCAAGGCCUCCUGUCAAAUUUUCAAAUGAUACCGAGAGGCUUCAGAUCAUUAAUAGCAUAAGGAAGGCUCCUGCUGGAGCUCAAAUAAAGCGUGUCAUUGAUCUGCUUCUAGAGCGGAGGGAAGCCUUAACUCCUGAGCAAAUCAAUCAAGUAUGCCAUGUCGAUGUUUAUGCAAACAAAACCGUGUUUGAAAGUUUGAAGAACAACCCAAAAGUGAGCUAUGAUGGGCAGUGUUUCUCUUACAAGUCAAAGCAUGAAGUUAAGAACAAGGACCAAUUGCUUGUCUUAAUACGGAGAUAUCCAGAAGGCAUGCCAAUCAUUGACUUAAAGGAUUCUUAUAUAAAUGUGAUGGAGGACUUGCAGGCCUUGAAGGCCGAUCGAAAAGUUUGGCUGCUCUCAAACUUUGAUUCACAGGAAGAUAUAGUAUAUCCAAAUGAUCCCCGAGUUCCUAUUAAGGUAGAUGAUGAUCUGAAACAACUCUUCCGGAGCAUUGAAUUGCCUCGCGAUUUUCUUGAUAUUGAGAAAGAACUUCAGAAAACUGGAAUCAAGCCUCUUACGAACACUGCCCAGAGAAGGGCUGCAGCACAGAUUCAAGGUGUUUCCUCCAAAAAUAAACCUAAGAAGAAGAAGCAUGAAAUUAGCAAGAGGACCAAGCUCACGAACGCUCAUCUUCCAGAGUUGUUUCAGAACCUCUCAACACAGUGACGUUAUUUGUUGGUUGUUGAUAAGGUUGCCAAUUGCCUUGCCGAUAUUGCCGCAAAUUUACUCUUCUUUCUUUGUCUGGAUACUCCAUCUUCUUUCUUGUGGAAGACAUGCAUUUACAUAGGAUGCUUCACUUUUUAUGUGGAUAAAAUGUUAUUAUCGAAUAUUGUACUCUGUAUCUCAAGAUUAUUGAGUAUUGAUCCUAUUUCUUUAGUGUAACUCACGGGAUUAUAUACUCCAAUGUCAUCUGUUCAUGCUUUGCUUGAACAUUUAAUUCUAUUG